AUGGUUGUAUUUAUCGAUCUGAAAGCUGCCUUUAACUCUAUGGACCGUCAGGCACUAUGGCAGUGUAUGCGAAGCAAUGGUGUUCCCUAUAGAUUCUUGACUCUCCUUAAGGCGCUAUACGCCAACUUCCGCGGCCGUGUGAAGGUCUACGGAAAACUGUCGCCUGAGUUCGCCACAUUCAGUGGUGUCAGACAAGGCUUUCCUCUUUCACCUUUCCUCUUCAACUUCAUCAUUGAUACGAUCAUGGAAGACUCACUAUCAGUCUCCAAUUGCUGUGGGGUCAAAGUGCUCCCUAAGCGUCCGCUCACAGAUAUCGAGUAUGCAGACGACAUAGCUCUUCUCGCAUCUGACCCCGUGGUAACACAAACAAUAUUAAAUAUUCCAAGUAAUUCUGCUUCACGGUUCGGCGUGUGCGUCACACCUGCAAAGUGUAAAGUGCUACUGCACGGCUGUGUGGCUCGAACCAUAGCCUUAUGCUUGGGGGCUGGUGAGUUGCCAAUAAUCGAUCGUGAUUGGGCCGUUGAGUCUCUUACCACAAUCAUGGUCGGAAUCGAUGUAAAUUGUAUUUGUAUGUAUGGGGAACAUCUAUUCACGACUUUCAAGAACGGCACAGUUUAUAUCCUAACGUGGGAUGGGAAGCCGUUGGGCGACUUUGCGACAUUAAGCAAAACUCCGUUUUUUCACGAUGUGGAACACUCUAGAGGCAACGAGAUCACUCGGCGGUUGGAGCGCGAAGUUGUCGGCCGGAAGGUCCGUGGUUUGAGCCUGACCUCCGCCUCUCGACUUCCCCUGUCUAGGCUUGGGCAACCUGGCAGUAUCCCAGCCCUCAUGCCCCUUCGGGUAGCAAGGCAGCUAGGCACCAAAAGAUUGUCAUCUCCCGGUAUCUUUUGCCAAGCUGUUGAAUGGGCACCGACUUUCGGAGGUGUAAUAACGAUUUUAUCCUCGGGCGACAUAGCUCUACUGAGAGUUCUGAAAAAUGGUGAUGGAGUUUGGAAGGAAUCUGGGCUGAAUGUACCGAAAAUCCAGUUUGUCUCUCUGUCAACAAUCGAUUCCGUACCGUGGCAGUUGGGAGUGAGAAAAGGAAUCUGGGCUGAAUGUACCGAAAAUCCAGUUUGUCUCUCUGUCAACAAUCGAUUCCGUACCGUGGCAGUUGGGAGUGAGAAUAAUCCCAUUUGUAGCGAUAAUUCUGAUUAUUUCGUUUUCAGCACAGAAGUGUCCCUGUAUCGGUUGGAUGAAACAACGGGAACCGUGUUCGUCCAACAGCGUCUCCGGGUUUCAAACCGCGAAUACCCAGACGCAACAACCCUUGUGGGACCGGCCACCAAACUGGCUUGGUCCACGGAUGGCUACACGUUGGCAGUCGCUUGGGCUAACUGUGGCUGGGCCUUGUGGUCUGUUUUCGGAGGUUUGCUACACACCAGUCUCGGGGAACGAGUGGGUUUAGCGGACCGUAUCAAAGUAUCACAAAUGGCCUGGUCCGCGAACGAUUGCCAAUUGGUAACCGUAAUGUCUUUUUUGAGUCCCAAGAAGAAUCAUUCUCCUACUCUUGAACGAUCGGCGGCUGUCGAGGUGGAAAAUGAAAGGUGUGAUAGUGAGCAACAUCAAUGUCCUGCUCAUAUUGCGGUGUUCCAGUUGGCUCGAUCCGCACUGACUACCAACCCAACGUCGGAUAACCACCAUCAUUUGCUCCUCCAAACGAGCGAUCGAGUUUUGUUUUCGAACCGCAGUCAGCUGACCAGUAGUCGCAAUCUCCAGACGUUGCUUGUCCCAGCGCUGUACAUGAAACACAAUUGGCCUUUGCGGUACGUGGCUAUGAACAUGGAUGGCGGUCGUAUCGCUGUCUCCGGUGAAUAUGGGUUCGCACACUACAGUUGUGUCACGAGACGUUGGAAUAUGUUCGGAAACGAGGUCCAGCAUCGUGAUCAUAUGCAACAACUCCAACAUCCACACUGUCCUGUAACUGUACAAACAUUCCCCUGA